GUUAAGGUGGGAAAAAUUACGCUGGGUCUUAAACGAUUUUUCUGCGGCCAAAAUCUGGCCGCACUUUUUGAUUGGCUAAUUCUAUUGUUCUCUGCUCACGUGAUUAUUAUCGGGGAUAGCCCUUUUCAUCCUGAAUAUUCCAGCGAGUGGUUUCACUCACCAUAUUAAACAUUAGUAUUCUACAAAGUUUUUACCAAAGUAAGAUUUGGCCAAGCUUGGUAAACAACUCACAGAUAAAUUAAAAUGUCCUCUGAAGCGAUUAGUCACAUUGUUCGAUUUAAACUUGGGGUUUCCGCUGAGUAAUUCUUUCGCGUCUAAGCUUUAAUUUGAGAGAAGCUCAUUUUAUCAACUCGAAGAAGAAAGCUUAGUUAAUUAGACUACUUUAAACUUGGAAGAAAAAAUGUUUUUUCGUCUUUCUGGUGAUAUUUCAGUGAAAUUGUGUUGUGCAAAUUUUUGAAGAAGUAUAACUAAAAAAAUCAAAUAUUCUCACAAUUACCAAUAUUAGGACCAACAAUGAGUAUGUUUACUAUUUUUUAUUGACAAUAUAUUUCGGAUAAAAAUUAUCCAUCAUCAGGUCUAAAAGCAAAUAAAUAAUGUUAAAAACAGUUAAAAACAAGUAUAAAAUUAUUCAACAUAUCAUACAUAAACUACACCUCACACUACAACAAAUCAAAUUUAAACGGUCAGUCGUAUCCGGCCUAGUUCAUCGAAUACAUCGAGCGUGUAGCACAUGGUCGAAUUUUCACCAAAGUCUAGAAAAAGGUAAAACUGUUCUUGAGAAAAAUCAAUAUCCGAAAGCUUUCUAUGACCCGAUAAUUAAAAGUACGAUAUCUAAGAUUAUGGAAAAUAAUGAUAACGAGAAUCCUGAUGAAGAAAACGAGAAAGAAGAGUCUGAAGAGAAGAUGAUUUUCAUUCAAUAUCGUGGGCGAGUUUCGGAGAAAUUUGAAACUUCUAUGAGAAAGUUGAAUAUUCCGUGUAAAAUUAUUUUCACAUUGAAAAAGUUGAAAAGUUCUCUGCCUCCAUUGAAACCUGUAAUUGAAAAAUGUUUCAAAAGUUGUUUGGUAUACAAAAUAGAAUGUCCACGAUGCAACUCGUGCUAUGUCGGACAGACGAGCCGACAUUUAAUCAAACGACUUAAGGAACAUAAAAGAACUGGUCCGGUGGGAAAGCAUUUCGACGAUUGCAAUAAUCUUUUAACAAUGGAAAAUGUAUCAAUUUUAUGUUCAUCAACACGGAACGUUUAUCAUUUAAUGACUCUUGAGGCGUUAAUGAUCAAUUACAUCAAACCGGUUUUAAAUACAAAAGACGAAUAUAGAAGCAGAGCAUUGACCUGAUGAUGGAUAAUUUUUAUCCGAAAUAUAUUGUCAAUAAAAAAUAGUAAACAUACUCAUUGUUGGUCCUAAUAUUGGUAUUUUAUCGUGAAGCCACAAUGUUUUUAUCUUAUUCUCACAAUUAAUAAUAAUUUUUGUAUUAGUCUUUCUUACAUGUGAAAUAUGUUGUGAACACUGAAUAAAAUCAUGUAUAUAUCUGUCAUGUAUAUACGUUAUUUUUCCUGAUGGUUUUAAAUUUGAUGGUGGGUAAAAAUGAAGGGGUAAGUAUGUUGUGUAUGGAAAAGUAUCCAAUUGUAUUAUUUUUCCUCAUUUUUUGAAUGUUUUUUCUUUUUCUGAUCAGCCUUUAUCAAAACAUCCACCGUCGGCAUUUUGAGCGAGAGAGCAAGAAUAACGUCUAAAUUCUGAAACAUUCAGAAGUUCAAUGUUACAUAAAAGAAUUUGUAUAUAUCAUAAAAUGUCCAACAUUUUCUAGAUUAAUUUCAAAGACAUCAAGCUAAAGCUUUUAUUUUUUUAGAAAAUACUAUAUGUAAAAUAUUUUAUUUUUAUUUAUA